AUGGCCGAUGACAAAGAUGGACCUCGCUUGAAGUGGCAGACCGCCGAUGAAGAGACCGGCGAUGCCCUGUCUCGCCAGCAGCAGCUCACUCGCACGACUUCUACGGUCUCAGAAAGCUCUGCUCGUUCCCAGAAACGUGGAAGUAUGGAUCCAGCGUUGACGCUGCCAAUUCAUUAUCGCAGCGUUUCCUUCGAUAUCGAUGAAGCUCGACAAAGCGAACAAUUAGAGGCUGCCAAAGCAAAAAAUACUAUUGCCACCGAGCUGUCGAAUUUCGAAUGGCACAACUUAUCUAUCGAGGAGCUCCAGAAACGCCUUCAAGUCGACGCCGCGCAAGGCCUAUCCCCCAGCCAAGUGCAGCAACGACUGAGUCAAUACGGAAAGAACACAUUAUCCCCAGUCCCGCAUCGCUGGUUCCAGCAGAUCUUCGGAUACUUUUUCAAGGGCUUUGGCGCCAUUUUGCUGAUCGGCUGUAUUCUUGUCUUCGUCUCAUGGAAACCGCUUGGUGAUCCCCCGGCCAUCGCGAACUUGGCUCUGGCUAUUGUGCUGCUGGCCGUGUUCUUCAUUCAGGCGGCGUUUAAUGCCUGGCAGGAUUGGUCGUCGUCUCGCGUUAUGGCGUCUAUUACUGCGAUGUUGCCGGAGAGCUGUAUUGUGUUGCGCAAUGGGGCUCAGACUACUGUCCCUGCCUUGGAUAUUGUGCCGGGUGAUGUUAUUCAGAUCAAGGCUGGGAACAAACUUCCUGCCGAUAUUCGUUUUAUGGAAGUGUCGACGGAUGCAUGUUUUGAUCGCUCGAUACUUACUGGUGAAUCAAUCCCCGUCAACGGUACAAUCGACGCCACAGAGGGCAACUACCUCGAGACGCAAAACAUCGGUUUACAAGGCACCCACUGCGUAUCUGGCAGCGCAUUAGCCAUGGUAGUGUCUACCGGUGACAGCACCGUGUUUGGUCGCAUAGCAAAGCUGGCCAGUGAACCGAAACCCGGUCUGACUCUUCUCGAGAAGGAGAUUCUGCGGUUUGUCGCCUUCAUUGUCGCCAUUAUGCUGACCAUGAUUAUCGUGGUUAUCAUUGUAUGGGCUGCAUGGCUACGCAAAGAUCAUCCUGGCUGGAUUGAUGUACCUACACUGAUUGUGGACUGUGUCAGUGUGGCUAUUGCAUUCAUUCCGGAGGGUCUUCCGAUCAGUGUCACAGCCAGUUUGACUAUCACCGCCAAUAUUAUGAAGAAGAACCAGAUCCUGUGCAAAUCUCUCAAGACCGUGGAGACAUUGGGAAGUGUAAACGUGAUUUGCAGUGACAAGACAGGCACUCUGACACGGAAUAAAAUGUUUGUUACUGACUGCGCAAUUUCGACCUCUACUUUUAACAGUCCUACUGCCGCGCGCGAUGAGAAGGUGCUUAAAGGCAAAUCAACCGGCAUUCACCAGCUGCGUGCCAUAUCUGGACUCUGCAAUGCAGCCGAAUUCGAUGCCGCCGCCGCCGACUAUAUCCCUCUGCACGAACGACCCAUAUUCGGCGACGCAACAGACCAGGCAAUUCUCCGGUUCUCCGAAGUGCUUGGCUCCGUGUCAGAACUGCGUCUUUUAUGGAAGAAGACGUACGAGUUAGCAUUUAACAGCAAGAACAAGUUUAUGAUUCGCACUUUUGCACUCGUGGAUUCAAAAGGGCUGGGUCUUGCAUUGUCGCCCGCUGAAUACCUACAGUUCAAACAGGGAGAGGAUACACUUUUGACUAUCAAGGGUGCCCCGGAUAUUUUGAUUGAGCGAUGUGCUAAUAUCGUGACUGCCGACGGCGGUGUGCAGCCAUUGGAUGCAGAGACGCUGCGACAAGUCAAGGCUACCAAAGACAAAUGGUCCAACGAGGGCAAGCGAGUGAUUUUACUUGCUCGGAAAGUGGUCACCGCAAAGGAUAUCACGACCUCUCCCGGCUCUCACGAAUUCGAGUCUGAAAUCAUGAAGCACACCAAAUCCGAUCUGAUCCUGGUCGGCAUGGUUGGUAUCGUGGACCCCCCUCGAGAGGAGAUACCUGCCGUAGUGGAGACACUGAGAAGAGCAGGUAUCAGGAUAUUCAUGGUGACUGGCGAUUUCGGUCUCACUGCACUGGCUAUAGCCCGUCAAUGCGGUAUCGUUUCCAGUACUAGCCGGGUUGAUGACACAAAUGCUCUGCAACGAUAUGCCAAAGCUCAUGGAACUCCUGGAUCUACAGCAAUUGUGGUUAGUGGCCCGGAGCUUCUGGCUCUUAACGAGAACCAGUGGGACCAGCUCUGUGGGUAUCAAGAGAUUGUCUUUGCGCGUACGACACCUGAGCAGAAACUGCGUAUAGUACGGGAGUUCCAAGCCCGACACAAAGUGGUAGGCAUGACCGGUGAUGGUGUCAAUGAUGCCCCAUCGCUCAAGGCUGCGGACAUCGGCAUUGCGCUGGGUACAGGAUCCGACAUUGCCAUUGAAGCAGCCGACAUGGUGCUCCUGGAUUCAUUCUCGGCGAUCGUUGAGGCCGUGCAAUACGGACGAGUGGUCUUUGACAACCUCAAAAAGACUAUUAUCUACUUGCUACCCGCGGGGUCGUUCUCGGAAUUCUGGCCUGUUUUCACCAAUGUCGUUUUCGGACUGCCUCAAGUGCUGUCGUCUUUCCUCAUGAUUAUCAUCUGUUGCUUCACCGACUGCUCCGCUGCGACGGUGCUAGCAUACGAAAAGCCUGAAGCUGAUGUCCUGCUACGACCACCGCGCGAUCCACGAAAGGACAAGCUGGUGAAUUGGCAACUGAUGCUGAACGCUUAUGGGGUUAUUGGGAUUAUUGAGACCGUCUGCUCUUUCUCCAUGUCCUACUGGUAUUUGCAGCGAAACGGAAUCCCCUUUUCGGCUCUGUGGUUUGGAUUCGGUGCUGUGCCUGCGGGUCUCGACGAGGCAUACUAUAACGCCAAACUAAAUGAGGCUUCCUCUAUUUACUUUAUCAAUUUGGUUGUUAUGCAAUGGUUCAAUCUAAUGGCAAUUCGCACACGCCGUCUAUCCCUCUUCUCACAUCCUCCGGCCUUCAACAAACGUACUCAGAACUUUCUCCUCUUUCCCGCCAUCGUGUUUGCAUUGGGCAUCGCUGUUUUGUGGCUGUAUAUUCCGCGUUUGCAGACCGUGCUGAAUACAACAGGAGUGCCGGUGGAGAAUUACUUCUUGCCUAUGGCUUUUGGUCUUGGACUGUUGAUUUUGGAUGAGCUUAGGAAGGCUGCUGUGAGACGUUGGCCGCGAGGAGUCUUUGCGAAGUUGGCAUGGUAG